AAUUCUAUUGCCUGCUUGGUAGUCUUUGGGAUGCAUAUUUUAAUUCCAUAUAUGGCCAUGCAGAUGAGAUUGAGGUGGGGCAUGCUGUUCGUAGUAUGAUUGAGUUCAUAUUCGAAGUAGCUUCUACCGACCCCGAGCUGUCGACUCUCACCUCCCGCCGCGGAGACCUCCUUCUCGUUCAGAAAGCUGCCGCUUUGAUACGGGAGAAGUAUCCAAACCAGGCUCGGCUGCUGGAUGACUUAUGUCUUACAUCGGUCCUAUACACUGCACCGACGCCGCCAAGUUGGGAUAAUCUCGAGCGACAUCGCUCAACUCACUUCGGUCCGCACUCCAACGAGCGUGGUUUCUGGUACUGCUGCCAAUGCGGCGAUGGCCCAUAUAUUUUGAAACUCUACUCGGGAUGUAUUGGGUUCGGAUGUCCUGACCACCAGCGGUGCGCGUCAUGUCCUGUCGAGGAAGAUCCCAUGCGUUGAGAGAUACGGCUGAGCUAAGCCUACCUAGGUAAAGUCGCUAAGCGGCUGUGCCACGACCUUGCGCGCAGGCAGAACAUCGUGU